UCUCGUCCCUGAUCAGAACACCUUGUGAAGCAAGGUUGAAUUCGGGAACAUGGUAAUCAAAAACAGAAAAAAGAAAACCAGAAACAAAGAAUUGGAAUUGUUUCCCUGGAAGCACCAAAAAGAAAAGAAACAGAAGUGCCUUCAAACUGAGAAGAAGUAAAUGUCAUUGGUUUCUUCAUCCCUUGUCAGCUUCCGAAGACCACUUUACCUAUGGAACUUGAUGAUUCGAAACUCCACCAAUAAUGGCUUCUUCAUACAAACUUUAAACAUAUACUCUUCCAUGGCACACUCUGGUGUCCAUGGCAACAACCUCACCUACCCUUUGCUCCUCAAGGCUUGUGCUAACCUCGCUUCCAUUCAACAUGGCACUGUGCUUCAUGGCCAUGUCCUCAAACUUGGGUUUCAAGCAGACGCCUUCGUUCAAACUUCUCUUGUUGAUAUGUAUUCUAAAUCCUCCCAUGUUGAAUCUGCACGCCUUGUGUUUGAUGAAAUGCCGCAUAGAACUGUUGUCUCCUGGAAUACCAUGGUUUCGGCUUAUUCUCGUGUGUCUUCAAUGGACCAGGCAUUGAGCCUCUUGAAAGAAAUGUGGGUUCUUGGUUUUAAGCCAACUGCUUCAACGUUCGUUUCAAUUUUGUCCGGUUAUUCAAACUUGGAUACUUUCAAGUUUCGUUUGCAGGGUGUGUCGAUACACAAUUGCUUGAUUAAACUUGGGAUUGUGCAUAUGGAGGUCUCUCUCGCCAACUCACUAAUGGCUAUGUAUGCCCAGUUUUGUAGAAUGGAUGAAGCAAGGAAAGUUUUUGACUUGAUGGAUGAGAAGUCUAUAAUUUCUUGGACAACUAUGAUAGGGGGUUAUGUGAAAAUUGGGCAUGCUGCUGAAGCAUUUGGUUUAUUUAAGCAAAUGCUACGGCAAAGUGUUGGCAUAGACUUUGUUGUGUUUUUAAAUCUGAUUUCUGGUUGCAUACAAGUAGGAGAGCUUUUGUUAGCUUCAUCUGUUCACUCUCUUGUACUUAAAUGCGGGUGUGAUGAAGCGGAUUCCGUUGAAAAUUUGCUUAUUACCAUGUAUUCAAAAUGUGGUAACCUUACCUUUGCUAGAAGGAUAUUUGAUCUGAUCAUUGAAAAGAGCAUGUUAUCGUGGACAUCAAUGAUUGCAGGAUAUGUCCAUUCAGGGCUUCCAGUGGAAGCACUGGAUCUGUUUAGAAGGAUGGUAAAGACAGAUACUAGACCAAAUGGGGCAACACUUGCGACUGUUUUAUCAGCUUGUGCUGAUUUGGGAUCACUGAGCAUGGGACAAGAGAUUGAAGAGUAUGUUUUUCUACACGGGUGGGAAUCAGAGCAACAAGUCCAAACGUCUCUCAUACACAUGUACUCCAAGUGUGGAAGCAUCAAGAAAGCAAGAGAAGUGUUUGAAAAGGUGACGGAUAAAGAUUUAACUGUUUGGACUUCCAUGAUAAAUAGUUAUGCAAUCCACGGGAUGGGGAAUGAGGCUAUCACCCUCUUCCACAAAAUGACUACUGAAGAAGGGAUAAUUCCAGAUGCCAUUGUCUACACUAGUGUUUUGCUGGCCUGUAGCCAUUCCGGAUUGGUUGAAGAUGGGUUGAAGUACUUCAAAAGUAUGCAAAAGGACUUUAGAAUAGCUCCUACGGUAGAACAUUGUACCUGUUUGAUAGAUCUUCUCGGUCGAGUUGGCCAACUUGACUUAGCUUUAGAUGCAAUUCAGGGAAUGCCACUGGCAGUCCAAGCUCAAGCUUGGGGUUCAUUGCUUAGUGCUUGUAGGAUUCAUGGCAAUGUUGAGUUGGGAGAGCUUGCAACUUUUAAGUUAUUGGAAACUAGUCCUGGACGCUCUGGAAGUUAUGUUUUAAUGUCUAACUUGUAUACCUCUUUAGGCAAGUGGAAGGAGGCGCACAUGAUGAGAAAUUUGAUAGAUGGUAAAGGAUUAGUAAAAGAAUGUGGCUGGAGCCAAGUUGAGGUCUGUGGUAGCCAUGAUACAUUAGCUGCUGGAAAUUGAUCACAUCUUGGCUUAUAAAACACUAGAAGAUCUAAACUUUGUUCUUCAAGAAGGUGCUAUUCAGUAGAAGUAAUAUCAGAAAAUGACCAAGUUUUUACUCAUGAUUCUGUUACAUUCUACUUCACGUGUAGUUCAACUUCUUCACCAUAGGAUGAAAAAUGUAAAUUAAAAACACCAUGCCUUUACUGUCUUUUCUGCCAGACACUACAUUCAGUUACUACACCGGAUUAAAUACAUCAUUCUUACAAGAGGAAGAUUACUCGAUUUAGUCACAACCAUCAUCUAUCCUUUUUGCAUAUUGCAUAAUUUCUUUAGUUGAUCUUUAUUAUUCUCAGUAA